AUGAGCUCCGUUGGAGUGCCUUCUACGGCUAGGCCUAGCCGGGAUUACCAUGGAUUCAACGAUACUUUGCGGAAGGAUGACUACCGCCUUGUUCUGCCAACACUACCCAGGGGAAAAUUCGCACUGUAUACUGUCGCUCUUCACGCGGAUUUAUUGCAACGACCAUACCGACGAGAGGACUUCAAGCCAGCGCUGAAAACAACUUUGAAUCCGGAAGAUAUUGCAUCAUUCGGAGUCUACCAAAUGAACCACGUGUGGGUGUUAACAACACGUUCAGCUCAGGCAAAACAGAAACUUUUGGAAAUUGGUGAGUGCUCUGUAAAAGGACGAAAGUGUUUGAUCCUCGACACGUCACCUAAAGAAGUUCGCGCAAAGCUUCAUUGGAUACCUUUCCAUACGCCGGACGAGGAAGUCAGGAUGGCACUCUCACCGUUUGGCUCCGAUAUUGUGGUGAAAAGAGAGGUAUGGAAUGAUGAUUUCUUUAAGAACACUGAAACUACAGAACGCACGGUCACAAUGCGGUUGAAAGACGGUGUUAGUGUCGACAAUAUCCCGCAUCAGUUAAGGAUUCUGGGGAACCUCACGCUUGUGUCAAUUGCGGGAAGACCCCCACUGUGUCUUCGGUGUCGACAAACAGGACACAUCCGACGGCAAUGCAGGACACCAAAAUGCGAAGCGUGCAGACGCUUUGGGCACGACAAGGACAGCUGUCUCAAAACCUACGCUGAUCGUACCAAAGUAACAGUUGAAGAUAACCACUUAGAAGACCUUAUCAUGGAUGUUGCAGAAACUGCUGCCACUUCACAAGAAGCAAAGGAUGAUUCACAACGUCAGCCGCAAGGCCGUCCCGCUAUGCGGGAACAUGCGUCGGAUAGUACCUGUCCAAAUGAUUUGAUUCAAGGGCAAUCUCAAGAUAGGGGUCACAAACAAGUAACGGAGGGCGAUAAGGCUGCAAGCGCCGCGAAGAGCAUAGGCAACAACGGUAAUAGAACAGGAAAAGAACCAGAUGUUUCUAAGGCAGAAGCAGAAAACACCACGGCAGCGCCGGCGGACACAAAAAGCGGGAAUGCCUGGAAAAUGAUUCCCGGAAAACGAACUAAAAUAGCCAAACCAAAGGUACCGUACGACCCAAGGGAUAGGGGACAAGCUCAAAAUUAA